AUGGGGUGUAGGCUGCCUAAGCUGCGGAAGGCAGAGGAGAAGCGAAGCCCGGGUAAUAUCUACUCCACUCUCCGACGCCCUCAGGUGGAGACUAAAGUGGGUGUGUCGUACACCUACCAUUUCCUGGAUUUCCUGUUGGGGAAAGAAGAGGUGCCGGUGUCCUCGGUGCUAUGCCUGUCUUCGGUCAGAGAGCUGCCGGUUCAGGUGAGGGAGCUCUACGCACAGGGCUUCGUUCUGGUGGCGGUGCACCCGUUCGUCCACCCCUGCGGCCCUAGCCACGCCCACAUCCAGCGCCAGCUUCACCGGGCAGUGCUGGUCCGAGAGACGCCAAGUUCAGAGAAAAGCCAACUGAGGUGGGCCCGGCACCGUCUGGACACAGAUGUGUGUGUGGCGGGUCACCAGGCCGCCGACCCCGAAGUGAUCCAGAGCUACGUCAAGAGGAUCCAAGAUGUAGCGGAGCAAGGGAUGAUGUUCGUGGGCUUUCUUCAGCAGCCAGGGGGCGCACCCUGCUUUCAGGGGCAGUGGGACCCUGAGGAGCUGUCGUCCUUGCACUCGAGCCCUUCGCCCAUUCAUCGCAACCCCUUCAGCGCCAGCACCAGCCCGACAGAUCUAACAGAACCCCUUCAAAGUGGCCCAGAACCCGACGAUCUCCCUUUUGAACCUCGAGAGUUAGAUCAUGAAAUGGUAGAAUGUAACACGCAGCCUUUGGUGCCCAGAGAACUGGACUUCAGCACUCUGAGUCCCACCCCGAGUUCAGAGCUCAGCGCAGGGGAGCCAAACGAACAGAGUCAGACCUCACAGGUCAUUUUGAAAGAGUCGCUGGAAUCAACCAACCAACCUCAACAUCACAGUAAGCCUGGCGUGGACACGGAUCAGUGGGGUCCGAGUCCGAACCCAGCAGACACCCGAGGGAGCCAGCUGGGUCUCGUACCAGAGCACAGAGACUCCACAGAGAAACACUUUCACCUUCCAGACCAGAGGGAAAGACGGGGUUCAAGCCCGGACGGCUGGCUCAGCUCUCCAGAACUCGAGCGCAGCCAUGAAAGAAAGUCCGGCUCCUUCUGUGCGGAUGGACAAAGCAGAGAAACGACACACAACAACAACCAUAUUGGUCUCAAGAGUUCAGAGAAAGAUAAGAACACGACUUCCCCGCCAGCACAGGCUCGGAUGCAGCUCUUUGCCCUCUACAACCACACAGGAGAGCUGAACACGUCUCUGAGGUUCUACUCGCUGAGGGUGCCACUCCAGCUACAGAAGGAGGCGGGGCUAGUGACAGAAGUCGAUGCGAACUGGCUCGACCACAUGACGCAGCAUUUCACCAGCGGUGCGCGCCUCAUCGACGGGUUUUUCCAGCUUGGAGAUGAGAACGACUCCGGCGUUUCAUCUGUGGACAGUGUCUUCAUCCUGCAGAGCUCUGCGGAGGAGAACACCAACACCUCCUACGACGCCAUUGUGGUGGAGCAGUGGACCGUUGUUGAUGGUGUGGUGGUCAAGACGGACUACAUCCCAUUGCUCCAGUCUCUGGCUCCGUAUGGAUGGAGGCUCAUGUGUGUGUUACCCACACCCAUCGUCAAGACCAACAGGUACUGGACUGCAUCCAUAGAUGUCACAGCCCUCAACUCAAAUCCCCUACCCGUUUUGCAACGCAAGAGAAAAGACUUCAAGAUGCUGAACCUCAGGGGUCGCAGCAAGGCAAAGAAAAACUCUGCCGGAGAGGACGAGAGAGAGAUCAGGUCCCUAAUGAUGGAUGUGGAGAUGGACAGGUUGAGAGGAAACACAAACGAGGAGGAAGCGGAGGCGAGGAGGCGCUGGGACGGCGGAAGGAGCGAUAGGGCGAGCCACCGGGAGCACGGAGAUGAGUGGGAGGAAGAGGAGGAGGAGGAUGAAGGACAUCAGAGGGGCUCCGUGUUCCUAUCGGGGAGCAGGUUUUCUGUUGAGGACCAGGAGGAGGAAACUGACAUUGAUUUGAUCCCUCUGUCCAAGCAGGAGAAGUGUGUGAGAUGGACAGAAGUGUGUCAGAGCGAUGACGGAGGGGUCAGGGAGGAGGUGAAGAUGGAAGAGCGCAUCAAACAGCAGCUGUUUUCCGGCGUCUGUUGA